ACAUUUCAUCUUGCGUUCGGUGAAGAAAAAUCGCUCGCAAGGUCACAAACGUUUUGAGUUUUGAGAGCUCUUUUUUUCCUCCAGAGGUUUGAGAGCUCUGCUUCUCUGAAGAAAAGGAAGAGAAAGGAAGAAAAAUUCAGCCCAUCAAGGCCCGAUUUCGAACACAAAGCCCAAUUCUUGGCGGUGAAUCGUGAUCCCUGCCCUGCCUCUCUUCUUCUCCCUCCCCAAUAUUCUUCGGCUCCAAUCCAGCCAAACUGCCGAAAGAAAGCUAGGGUUUUGGGAGUCUUGCACGAUGGUGAGGGACAUGGAUAACUCACCCGAGCAGGCCGAGCUGAUGCGAUUGAUGGAGCAAGAGAAGGAGCAGCUGAUGGUUAAGGAGAUGGUCAGCAAGCUAACUAGUGUGUGCUGGGACAAAUGCAUAACCAGUACACCCGGAAGCAAGUUCAGCCCUGGAGAAACCACUUGCCUGAGCAACUGCGCGCUGAGGUUUCUUGACAUGAGCAUGAUACUCGCCAAGCGAUUUCAGAUGCAGUAAAACCAUUUCAGUCCACUCCAUGUUACUUUUUAAGACGUUUGAAGUUUUGCAGUCAGCUGCUUUUGGAUUAUGUAUCUUUUGACAUCAGUGGAUUGUUUCUGGUAGUAACUCCAGCGCUUUGUAGUUUUGUGGUGGAAGACUCUGUAGGCUAUAAGUGCUUGCAAGUGUCAACUUAAUUUGAACGGAAAUACAAAUCCGCAUAUACUUGGAUGUCCAUGCAUGUAUCCCCUUCCGUUCAUCUUUUUCUUUUUUUUCUUUUUUGAGGGGAAGACGUUCAUCUGUUGUUCCUCCCUUUUGUUUGUAGACACGAUGCCACGUGAACUGUUGAGAGUUUGUUUGGUUUUAGCAACAAUGGCAUGUACAUAAAUCUUUGCAUCAUUUGUACUGCCACCUGAGAAUAAUAUUUUUCGCUGUCUUACAUUUGC